GCACGAUGCAGACAGGUUUCCUCACUAAAGGAUGACACGUACAGAAUCUGAUUCCCUCUGUGUUUUGAUCUCUCACAGUAGCAGCCUCACCGUUCUCAGCCUGGUCAUCCAGCUUGGCCUCAUUCUGCAGACUCAGGCCCAGCAGCCAAACCCUUGCAUUUCUCAUUCAACCUUCAGACCUCCAGAAGACAGUGACAUCACAGUACUGUGCGGCACCCAGUCUGUGGAUCUGAGCAUCUUCAUUUGCCCGAUGUAUGAAGCUCGCUACAACGAGAGCCUGAUGGUCCUCAACAACCAGAAAAACAAUUCUGACUGUUUCGGGACCGCCGACUUCACUAAGAACCCACCAGUCUUACGAUUCAGUUUCCGCUUAAACGCGAGCUCCAUUACCCAGUGCAACCAUCAGUUUAAGAUAACCACUGAGAAUGGGACUGGACAAUUUUCAGAGUUCUCAAAUGUGCAGUUUGUCACCAUCUCCGGUACUGUGAACUCCAUCGACCUUUCUGCUGGGGUGAUCACGUACCGUCCACAGGUCUUAUACAAGUACGCCUGCCGCUAUCCGCUGCAGUACCUUUUGAACAACACUGAACUAUCUGUAGCAGGAGUCAAUCUGGCCAUUAACGAAAAUAACGGGAGCUUCAUCAGCACAUUAAGAAUGCGUCUGUACGAGGAUGAAGCGUACACAAAAUUGCUGAAUAUACCACAAGAUGGACUCAAACUGAAGACCAAGGUUUACGUUGCGGUUGUAGCUACUAAUCUGACCAACAGGUUCAAUGUGCUGCUGGACAGAUGUUACGCAACGACGAGUCCGUAUCCCACAGUCGACAAGUAUUAUGACCUUUUUGUUGGGUGCGAUCACGAUGCACAAACGAAGGUCGAGCUCAAUGGCAAGUCUCAGGUGGCGCAAUUCUCCUUUGAGACCUUCAGAUUUGUUGAACACAAAGGUCAAAAAGUUUCCACGUUCUACCUUCACUGCACCACCAGGCUGUGUGAAGUGGAAAAGUGCAAAGAAUUACUGCCUACGUGCAAUAUUACCCUGGGAAGGAGGAAACGAGCAGUCCGCGGCGGCGACUCGACCACAAACACCACCGUCAGCGUCAGUUCUUCUCCCAUCUUGGUGAAUGACCUGACCAGCGACGACAAUCCAACGUCUGCUCAACGCCAAGAUACUCUGGGUCAGAACGAGUACACCGGCCCCGUGGUGGCCGUCAUCAUCUGCAUCGUCAUUUUAUUCAUCAUCGUUUGCUCCGUUGUUGCUUGCCUUUGGUUGUACGUCAGACUACGAAAACCGAUCUUGCAGUAAUAUCCGGCACCACGAAAGUGGACCCAAACUGGAGGCAUCACUGUUUAUCAUCCAACAAGUUGUCCAUUGUGCUAGAAAUAGAAACUGGAGUCAUGUGACACGACGGCUGGGAACUUCAUACAGUAGAAAACCAGAGAUUUAUCUUUGCUAUGGCGUGAACAGCUUGCUAACAGCUAAAUAAUGAUCAUAGCGGAAGUGUGGGAACA